GGAGUACACGCUGGACGUGUACCGCCUCUCGUCCGUGGUGACACAGCACGAUGCGAAGAAGGCAGGAGCAGAGGUGGUGAAGCAGGUGGAGCACCCCUUGCUGAGUGGUUUGCUCUACCCGGGCUUGCAGGCCCUGGAUGAGGAGUACCUCAAGGUCGACGCACAGUUUGGAGGAGUUGAUCAGAGGAAGAUAUUCACCUUUGCAGAGAAGUACCUUCCUUCCCUGGGCUAUGCCAAGCGCGUCCAUCUGAUGAACCCGAUGGUUCCCGGUCUGACAGGCAGCAAGAUGAGCUCGUCAGAAGAGGACUCAAAGAUUGACCUUCUGGACCGCAAGGAGGACGUGAAGAAGAAGCUGAAGAAGGCUUUCUGCGAGCCAGGGAAUGUGGAGAACAACGGUGUCCUCUCCUUCAUCAAGCACGUCCUCUUUCCCCUCAAGUCAGAGUUUGUGGUUCUGCGUGAAGAAAAAUGGGGUGGAAACAAAACCUACACAGCCUAUGAGGCCCUGGAGAAGGACUUUGCUGAGCAGGUCGUGCAUCCUGGAGACUUGAAGAACUCGGUGGAAGUAGCCCUGAACAAACUGCUUGACCCCAUCAGAGAGAAAUUCAACAGCCCGGAACUGAAGAAGCUGACCAACGCUGCGUAUCCCAACCCAUCCAAAGCCAAGCCUGCAGAGAAGGGCACCAAGAACUCGGAGCCGGAAAACGUGGUCCCCUCCCGGCUGGACAUUCGCGUUGGCAAAGUGAUCAGCGUGGAAAAGCACCCGGAUGCUGACAGCCUCUACGUGGAGAAGAUCGACGUGGGCGAGCCCGAGCCCCGCACCGUGGUCAGUGGCCUGGUGCAGUUCGUCCCCCAGGAGCAGCUGCAGGACAGGCUGGUGGUGCUGCUCUGCAACCUCAAGCCCCAGAAGAUGAGGGGUGUGGAGUCGCAGGGCAUGGUGCUGUGUGCCUCCAGGUGA